UCGCCAAUAUACUCCAAUUUUGGCCAAACAUUGGCCGGUGUGUCCAGCAUCAGGGCCUACGGCUGUACCGAUCGGUUUAUACGGGAAUCCGAUAGACUAGUAGACAUCAAUCAGAUGUGUCUCUAUCCUAAUGUCGUAGCAAACAGUUGGCUACAAAUUUGGUUGACAUCGCUGAGCAAUUGUCUACUAUUUUUUGCCGCCCUGUUUGCCGUACUGGGUAAGGGUAGGCUAACCGGUGGCGACAUAGGACUAUCCUUAUCCUAUGCAAUGGCUUUGACAGUCUAUUUGGGAUUGUUUAUCAAAACGUUUGCUCAGUUAGAAAACAAUAUGGUUUCAGUCGAGCGUUUAGAUGAAUACUGUAGACUGGAAACUGAAUCCGAUUGGCAUCGAUGUGAUGAUACGGAUGACCACCCGUUACCUGAUAACUGGCCCGACAGGGGAGCCGUUAGGUUUGAGAGUUACGGUACCAGAUAUAUGGUUGGAUUGGAUUUGGUUCUCAAUGACAUUGAUGUCGAUAUUAAACCGGGCGAAAAGAUAGGUAUUGUUGGCCGAACCGGUGCUGGAAAGUCGUCGCUAACGUUAGCCUUGUUUAGGCUCAUUGAGCCAGCAAUGGGACGGAUAGUCAUCGACGGUAUAGAUAUCGGACGAUUAGGUCUACACGAUCUGCGUUCACGGCUAACAAUCAUACCUCAGGAACCGAUACUAUAUUCGGGUACAAUUCGUUCAAAUUUGGAUCCGUUUGGCCAGUUUACCGACGAUCGUUUGUGGACAGUAUUAGAUCAGUCGCAUCUGAAAGAGUUUGUUGCCGCCGGCGAUCGGGGACUCGACUGGCCGGUAGCCGAAUCGGGCGAUAAUCUAAGUGUUGGCCAACGACAGCUCAUAUGUCUUGGUCGGGCUCUGUUACGCAAUACACGUGUGCUUAUCCUCGACGAGGCCACGGCUGCCGUCGACGUCGAAACCGAUUCACUCAUACAGCAAACCAUACGCCAAGAGUUUAGCUCAUCCACUGUCCUGACGAUUGCCCAUCGAAUCAAUACAAUUAUGGACUCCAAUCGGGUAUUAGUACUCAACAACGGACGGGUAGCCGAGUUUGCCGAACCCGAUGUUUUGCUGGCAAACAAAUCGUCAAUUUUUUAUUCACUGGCCACGGAUGCCGGUAUUAUUUGA